CCGUGCCUUGGUUUGGCAGGGCGCAGGUAACGCCGCGUUUGACUCUGGCUCCUACCAACCCGGCGCUCGUCAACAGAAGUCACCAUGUCCGCGACCGGUGAUAGCAGCUCGAGCAGCGGAACCUCCAGAGAGCGCGCGGUGGCGCAGGGCAAUGCACAACCGCAGCCUCGCCGUAUGACGCGGGACGAUGACAGUCGCAGCAGCACUCCGGCCGCAUCCGACACGGAGGCCCCAAGCAGUGACCGGCAAUACCAAGACGUCACCAAAGGCGAUGACGACGAGCAGCCGAUCUGCGACAGCAAGCCAGUGUCAGGCGUGGUGGUGAAGUCUGCCACGACGAGCCUUUGCUGCGGCUACGACCCCACCUUGGGCGUCUUGGAGACACAGACAGCAGAAAGGGAUGACGAGCCGGACAUAACCGUGACCACUUCGGGCAGGUUCCCUUGCCUGCACAUCACUUUGAGCGGACUGAAAGACACCACGUACUACGUGGCCAUUGACUUCGUGGAAGUGAAAGACCAUGGCAAAGACAUAUUCUAUCCUAUCGAGUACUCGGAUCCGUACUACAUUCCACGUCAGAACCACCUUCAAGGACAGCAGUGGAUGAGUAAGCCGAGGUACUACAACCUGUCGGCUAUCAUCAACGGUUGGCUCGAGAAAUACAGUUGUGUGCUGAAGGAAUCCGGUGAGUACGUGCCGACUGUGCGUCUGCUGGAGUACCCGCAACAGUUGUCGGAAUUGUGCACGGAGGUCAUCCGGAUCGAACUGCCAGCAUCCACUUUCAUCAUUUCUUCAGAGGUGAUCCAAGAGUCAAAAAAUGGAUCCCCACAUCCGAACUGCAGAAUUCUGCUCAAGCUGAAAUCGGACAUUACCACAGAACGGGAGGCCUCGCGCAACGAGCCUACGUUCCGUAGUCCUGAGCCAUCUACGACGCUGUCUGACAGCGAGCGUCUGGCCACUAGCAUGGUGGACAUGGCAAUCCGGUCGCCUCCAUCGGCAGAACUUUCUGACAGCCGGCGCCUGGCCACUGGCGUGGCCAACAUGCCAAGCCGGUCGCCUUCACCAGCAACGCUGCCUGGCAGCCAGCACAUGGCCACUGGCGUGGCCAACAUGCCAAGCCAGUCGCCUUCACCAGCAACGUUGCCUGGCAGCCAGCACAUGGCCACUGGUGUGGCCAACAUGCCAAGUCAGUCGCCUUCACCAGCAACGCUGCCUGGCAGCCAGCACAUGGCCACUGGCGUGGCCAACAUGCCAAGUCAGUCGCCUUCACCAGCAACGCUGCCUGGCAGCCAGCACAUGGCCACUGGCGUGGCCAACAUGCCAAGCCAGUCGCCUUCACCAGCAACGUUGCCUGGCAGCCAGCACAUGGCCACUGGUGUGGCCAACAUGCCAAGUCAGUCGCCUUCACCAGCAACGCUGCCUGGCAGCCAGCACAUGGCCACUGGUGUGGCCAACAUGUCAAGCCAGUCGCCUUCACCAGCAACGCUGCCUGGCAGCCAGCACAUGGCCACUGGUGUGGCCAACAUGCCAAGCCAGUCGCCUUCACCAGCAACGCUGCCUGGCAGCCAGCUCAUGGCCACUGGUGUGGCCAACAUGCCAAGCCAGUCGCCUUCACCAGCAACGCUGCCUGGCAGCCAGCACGUGGCCACUGGUGUGGCCAACAUGCCAAGCCAGUCGCCUUCACCAGCAACGCUGCCUGGCAGCCAGCACAUGGCCACUAGCAUGUCAAAAAUGGCAAGCCGACCACCUCCGCCGGCAACGCGGUCUGACAGGCCGCACAUGCCCACUGACGUGGCGAAGAUGGCAAACCGGUCGCCUCCUACGGCAACGCUGUCUCACAGUCAGCGCCUGCCCACUAGCAGGGUUUUCUUCGUUUGA